AUGACUUCAAUUGGUACUGGUUACGAUUUAUCAAAUAGUGUCUUUUCACCGGAUGGUAGAAAUUUCCAAGUAGAAUACGCUGGGAAGGCAGUAGAGAACGGAGCCACAUCAAUUGGUAUCAAAUGUAAAGAUGGUGUGGUAUUUGCUGUAGAAAAAAUAAUUACAUCGAAACUGCUAGUUCCAAAGAAAAAUGUCAAGAUUCAAGGGGUGGACCGUCAUAUAGGUUGUGUAUAUUCUGGGUUGAUCCCAGAUGGGAGACAUUUAGUUAAUAGAGGUCGUGAAGAAGCUGCAAGCUUCAAAAAAAUGUACGAUUUACCAAUUCCAAUUUCUGCAUUUGCUGAACGUUUAGGUCAAUACGUUCAAGCUCAUACUUUAUAUAAUAGUGUUAGACCCUUCGGUGUAACAAGUAUCUUUGGUGGUAUCGAUGAAAAGGGACCUCAUUUAUAUAUGCUGGAACCAAGUGGUACAUGCUGGGGUUAUAAUGGGGCUGCCACAGGGAAAGGUAGACAAACUGCAAAGGCAGAAUUAGAAAAAUUAGCAGAUCAACAUCCAGAUGGAUUAACAACAAGGGAUGCAGUUAAAUACGCUGCUAAAAUUAUUUACAUGGCUCAUGAAGAUAAUAAGGAGAAGGAUUUUGAAUUAGAAAUAAGUUGGUGUUCAAACACUGAUACUGACGGAUUACAUAGAUUUGUUCAAGGCGAUUUAUUUGAUGAAGCUGUCGAAUUUGCCAAGAAGGAACUUUUAGGGGGAAAUGAUAGUGAUAGUGAUAGUGAUAAUGCUAUGUCCAGUGACGAUGACGAUGCUGCUCCAGCAUCAGCAUCAGCAUCAGCAUCUGCAGCUACCACGGCCGACCAAGAUGGUGAUAUUGAACUACACUAG